GAUUUUCUCGGCUUCACUGCUGGUUGGUGUAGAAGCUAAACAGAGACAGUGGUUGAAUACUACUACUGAAAAACCAACAAACUCUUCCCGUUCAGCAGCUAAGAUUUCUUCGUGUGCUGUCUGAGCAACAAUGGACGACGCCGCCAGACGUUUGUUGCAGCGGCUCGUCAGGCGGAUUCCGGCGCAGACGCUAAAAACGACGCUGGACAAAUGGGGCCGUUUGAAGGCGGCGCAGCGGCAGUCCAUGGAUUUCACUCAGUCAAAAUGGGCGUUAACGGAAAAACUGCUCGCCAUCUGUGAGGAAAAUGAACUGACACUUAAACACAUCGCAGAACUCGAAAUGAUACAUGUGAUUGAGAACCCAGACCGUAGCAUGUGGUACGCCCUCCAGCUCAUGGACCCAGAAGAUGAUGCUCACUCUGUGGAGCUGACGCAGUUCAAGGAACAAUUUAAAUCUCACCUCAGUGAGCUCGUACGACAUGUGUCAAUCAAAAUAAAGAAGCACACAGAUGAAGCUGUAUGGAUUCGAAUUGCAUGGGGGGACAGCUUUUCUCGGCCGAACCACCUGAAGCCAACAUACGUUGUUCACCAUCUCCAAACCCCUUAUGUGUUUGUGACCGGCCUGACUUCAAAGCUAAAGCUGCUGUUAACUCAGGCCUUGGUUCUGUCAACCAGACAUCAAGCUAUUAAGGAUGCAAGCCUCAGUGGACGAAAGCUUACCGCCAUCAGAGACCUGCUGAUGAGGCAAUAUCAACAGGUGUUUCCCACUAAAUAUCCCAGCCCUCUUGCAGAAAGUAAUCAAAAUGCCACAAACCCUCUCAUAGAUAAAGAACAAGCUGAGCUUUCAGCAAACAGGCAUCAGAUGGCCUGCGAAGCCUUCGGUAGUGGGAUGUUACCUCAACUACAGUCUGCAGUUUACAAGCUGGAAACAAAAUUCAGAGACCACAUGAACAAGACCAUGACGGAGCGGGAGGAGCCCCUCAAAUGUGUUGUGAAAUUUGCAAGCACCAGUCUCUUGGAGUCCCUCAGGCACUGUGCAUCCUCAGGUAUUGCCUCCACACCUGUCACACCCCUGCUCUCGUCUAUUCCCCUAAAAGGAAGGAAUUACUUUGUCAUCACAGACAAUGGCCCUGGUCCCUCGUCACAAACACGACAACCACAGAACUGAUGGAUGACUGGAUUUUAAGGACACACAGACUCUGUUUACACCUGGCAUUUACAUGCGUGUUGGAUGAUCCAAUUCCCAGUGAAGAACUCUUUGUACAGGUGUGAAUCCAUCCAAGACGCACUGGCGGUUGCAUUGAGAGCCGUUCACACAGACCGCAUUCGGUGGCGGCCUGACAAGUGGCCAUUAUAUUUUAGAAGGUCGCAUGCGAUUGUCCAGGGCUACACUGAAGGACCAUCGACUCAGCCAGCGUCCUCUGUAGAAGUACGUACUCAUUCGCAUACCAAAGGUGUCAUGUUAAAGUGUGAUGAAAGGCAUCAGCAACAGCUAAACAUUGAUUUGUGUUUCUGGCUGAAUUCACAAGGCAAGUGCAUUGCUGCUGCUUAAAAACAACACACUUGGUCUUUGAAACUGGAAAUUAUGUUUGUUUAUUAGCAUUAUAGAGCAGGACAGUGAGGUCCCAUCACAAGUGGACUCUCAACACACUAAUGCCCUGUGUGAAUGGGGCCAUGGUGGAGUCUGCUCUUACUCUCCAUGCUCAGGCCAUCCAUGCUUUGCUUGUACUAUUAUAUGAUUGAUCUUCAUGUUAAUACAGCUCUUAAAGAAUAAUGGCCAUCUGGAGUUUAGAACUGAUUCAUGUUUUCUUGUGUUUUUAUACGGCUCCAGGUGCCAUUAAUCAGAUGUCAGUAGUUGUCAAUUAGUAAUUGUCACUUUUUUAACUGUUUGUCCAAACUAAACAUAAAGGCAGGAUUUUCAAUAUUUUUGAAGUUUCACUGAGUUUAUCUCUCAUUUUACUUAUAAUAGCAGCUGUUUCUUGUAUUAUUCAUCAUUAUAAAAUAUAGUAAUACCUGGAAGUGAGAUACUUCCUCACCACUUGACACCUACAUGCAUCUUGUUUCAAACAGCAUUUGAACUCUUGUCAUCACACAAAAUAUUUAUAAAGGACAGGUUUCAGUUUUAUCUCAUACAUAUAUGCAGUAUCAUCAUGGUUUGUUGUAACUGUCGCCGUGUCCAUCUUGGCAACAACACGAUUUCUUUAUAACACAACUAUGCAAAAAGAGGUGGAGCAUAUAAUCGAUAAUAUUUUGUGCAAUAAUGAAGUCCAAGGUUCAGUCAAAGCUGUUUUGAAGCCACAGGAGUCUGAGUGAGACAAAUGGAAGUUAGUCUUUAUAGUCAGAAAUCUACUUUUUUCACACACCGUAGCACCUCAUAGCUCAUCACGUAGCCCCGUAAAUAGAGCUGAUAUUGGUUGAUAAUAGCACCAAUAAGGUUUUGUUGAGGUUCAAAUGGAAACACUUUGUUUUUAACAAAAGCCGAGUACACCCCUGUGCAGCAUCAUAAAAUGUUAAAUGAUUAAUUUCACGAUAAUUUGUAGUGUUUGGUAUUUGAUCUGAUGUAUAAUUAACAACAAUGCAUUAAAAAUACAAAGAUUAACCUCAAGGCAACAGAAGUGAGUGCACCUGUGAGCCAAUUACGGCUAACUGCAUGAACAAGGUCUUAAAAGAACCCGUGAGCACCACAGUGCUCUCAGUUUUAGGCUGUGUUGUACUGAAUACAAACGUACUUGCUGUUUGCUAAAACCAACUUGUAAGUGUGUACGCUUUGGCCCAUGGAUUAAACUGGGAAACAUUGCUCACAAAACUGUAAAAUUACAUUUUUCCAAAGAA